CUCUCUCUCUCUCUCUCUCUCUCUCUCUCUGAUUUAUCUGUUUAGUUAGCAGUAAGGCGAGAUAUGAGGCGCUUUUGCCGAUAGCGCGAAGUGCUAAAUGUACACAUAUGACGUAUUUGAUAUAAUAUGAUAUGAUAAGUAUAUAUAAUAAACUGAAGAAAUCGAAAAUCUACUGCUAUAUGCAGCUAUGGCAAAGAAAGAUCGGUCGAACGUUGAGGAUAGCAAGCCGUUAGAUGAUUUUGAUAGCAUAUUGUAUGAAAUUGGUAACUUGGGAAGAUGGCAACUGAUCGCAUUCUUUUUUGCCGCCAGCGGAAGUUUCGCUCAGGCGUUCCACAACAUCGUAAUGCCAUUUCUCGGGGCUACGCCGGAGCACUGGUGUCGAGUGCCAGAACUAGAAUUACUGCCGGAGCACAUGCAGAAGAACUUCAGCAUCCCACUAGAAGAGAACAACGGGGACGUGACUUACUCGCAGUGCACCAUGUUUGUGGCGAGAGACUAUUCGCAGCUAGCAGCACUGUAUCGGAACGGAUCAUUAGAGACUGUUCCGGCAUCGUUCUUCAGUAAUGUCGAGCAAGCCAAGUGCCAACAUGGAUGGCUCUACGAUGCGUCAUUUCGAUCAUCGACAUUGGUCACGGAAUGGGAUCUGGUCUGUGGAAAACAGGCGUUAGCAGCCUCUGCUCAAUCUGUCUACAUGUUGGGUAUGAUAGCAGGGUGCUACGGUUUCGGAACUCUGGCGGACAUGAAAGGGAGGAAGUGGACAGUGCUUCUUUCGUCGUUGAUAUUUGCCCUGAGUGCCACUGCAGCAUCUUUCUCUCCAAACCUCAUCACGUUUUUUAUACUCCGGCUAAUUAUCGGGGCAGCUUCUGCCGGAACGUGCAAUGCUGCUUACAUAUAUGGCAUAGAAAGCGUUGGACCACUGUACAGAAACCGAGUGGGCGUUGGCGCGUCAUUAGCGUAUUCUACCGGCCACGUGUUAGUGGCUCUGUGUGCCUGGGUAUUUCGCGACUGGCGAUACCUCGAAUUUUCCAUAUCUAUCUGGCUGUUUGCUAUGUUGAUCUGGUACUUUAUUAUCCCGGAGUCUCCUCGUUGGCUCUACGCUCAAGGGAGAAUGGAUGAGUGCGAACACGCCCUGCGAAGAGUCGCGAAGAGAAACAGGAAAGCCUAUCCAGACCACAUUGAUCUCAAGCAGCAUUUAAAGUCUUAUAGAGUUACGACAACCGAUGGGAAGUCACGGGAGGCAAAUAUCACGGAUUUAGUUCGGACUCCAAACAUGCGAAAAAUUUCAUUCAUCAUGUGGAUGCAAUGGUUCACAGUAGCUCUCGUUUAUUACGGGCUCGCUCUCAAUUCAGCCAACCUGGGAACAAACCCCUACAUGAGUUUUGUGAUAAUGGCCCUAGUAGGGUAUCCAGCCAACUAUCCCUGCACGGCCCUGAUCCUAAAGCACCUCGGAAGACGGUUAUCGUUGUCACUGACCGCGCUAAUUGGAGGAGCUAGUUGCCUGUUUAUAGCCUUGCCCUGGCCUACGCAUCUGAAUUGGGUAAUUGUAACAUUGGCUACGAUCGGGAUGUUCGGCGCAAAUGGCAUGUUUACCGUUAAUAUGCUCUACACUGGAGAGUUAUACCCAACAGUCGUAAGGAAUAUUGGAUUUGGUACCGGCUUUACAUGGGCUAGAUUUGCUGGACUGUUGGCGCCAUACGUGGUGCUACUGGGAAAAUAUUCACGGGAACUGCCGCUCAUCAUAUCUGUAGUUCUAGCCAUCGCAGCCGCUAUAAUGGCAUUAUUCUUGCCAGAACCAUAGACAGAGAAACUUCCAGAGACAUCGAAGACGUGAAAACUUCGGAAGGCAGCACAAAUUUUCUAUGCUUCCCCAGCAAAUGAGCAGAUGGAAAUUAUGUAAAGGAUGGAUCUUUCUUUCGCUUUCCGACUUAUCGUAAAAUAUUAAAAACGAGCUUCAGAAAUUAUUUUUAAUUCGUUAUA